CCUUUCUGAAAGGGAGCCGUCAGAGGUGCAGUGUACUUUGGACAUCAUUAAUCAGAAAUGCGCAAAGUGUUUAGUGCUUCAGGUUCAGGUUACUCCUACUAUCAGUGUGCACGCACCCAGUGAUAUUGCCAUACUUUCCUACACGCUGCCUGGGGCAACGUUUAUAAAACGUUGGCCGGGAGUGCGUGUGAAGCGAAGCCUGGCAAAGCGUCCGGCAGAGGACGCAUAGGCUGCAUUUAACUCCAUUUAACUGUACCCCUCCCGCCGCGUUUGAACGGAUCCAGCAAUAGUUCUGAAAAGUCGGUGUGCAAGCAAUGUUUUAGGCCUGCCCAGCAGCGAAAAAAGCCUUUCUGCCGCCACAAUGGCCAACGAAAGCUCUAUUGUGGGCGGCUCCUUUGCGUCGAACGGUUUCAAUGCCAACGAGACAUUGAGCUGUCGAGGAUACACCAAACAGAGGAUAUGUCUUGUGGGUUCACUCAAGGAUAACGAAAAAGUCGUGCAAGCCGCGAAGUGCCAGGGUCUGCCGGUGGUGCAUAGCGAGUCGGGAGCAGAAUACGCUGGUGAUCGAGGCACAGUCUUUGUUGUCGAGCGCUUCGAGGGGCCCCUGUUUGAGCAGUUGAAGCAGCGCUCCCUGGUGCUUAGCUCUCUCCUAAUUGUCCAGUGUGCUGAAAGAAGCAUGCCUUUUCCUGAUAAAGGCCGGCCCGUCUACAACCUUGCCAUGGAUGGCUUGGUCAUCGUCUUUACUGGCUUCAAGUCCCGGACUGAACUGUGUGAGCUGCUCCUGCUGUCACACUACAUGGGAGCCAGUGUGCGGGACAAGUUCUCCAGCAGGAAUGUAACACAUUGUGUGGCUGAUUCUGUGACCAGCGCCAAAUACGAGCUGUGUGAUGCUCUGGACAUUCCCAUCAUGAAGAAGGAGUGGUUGCUUGAAGCAUGGGCCCACCGGGAUGAGAAGGAUUUCUCAGUUACAUCAGAGUCCAUGAUGAAGCUUCGCCUGGAAGCCUUCAGGGGUCUCCAGCUGGCCUUCCUUGGUUUUGCUGACGAUGAGCGCCAACACAUGGAAGAAGUGGCCCUCGCAAAUGGGGCUCACGUGGUGGAGCCAACAGACGCUGGCUGCCACUUCCUUGUGGUCGACGACUCCAAUCCUGUAGCACCUGUAGUGCCAUCGGACAUCAGCCCCAAGGUGCAAGUAGUCAAGUCUGAGUGGUUUUGGGCAAGCAUUCAACAUGCCCGGUGUUUCAUGGCUGGAGCUUACUAUUAUGAGCACCAGGCCCCCAUGGUAGCAGCGACUCCAUUGCGGCCCUCCCUUGGCGCCCCCCGUUCGGAGAGCAAGCGGCGGAAGUUGCGCGAGAGCCUUGCCCAGCAGCUGGCCCAGGAAGCUGAGCAGAGCGUGCUCGUCGACCCCUUCUCCCCCGAGAGCCCCCGGCACCGCAGGCGGGUCUCGGCCAACAAGUCCGUCUCUGUCCUUGACAUCAGCCUCACGCCUGAAAAACAACUCGCCACAGUGCUCGACACAGAGGGCCAGGAGAACAAAGAGCCAUCUGACAUGACCCGCAUGUCCAAGCGGCAGCAGGUCUGCUUGGAGCUACUGCAGACCGAGACCAACUACGUCGCCAUUCUGCACUCCAUCCUCACGCUAUUCAAGGCACCCCUGGAGGACCCAAGCAGCAUGCCGGGGGAGCCGCUGCUGGACUCUGCUGAGGUGCGGCUCAUUUUUGGCCACCUGCCACCCAUUUACGAGGUGCACCGCAGCCUACAGCUCCAGCUGCAGGCAAUGCUGCGCACCUGGUCUGACGAUCACGCAGUAGGCGAAGCCGUGUUGGCACACCGUGAGGCGUUUGAGAAGGCCUACCCACCCUUCGUCAACUCCUUCGAGCGUGCCAAAGAAACCCUCGCCCAGUGCGACCGGCAGCGGCCUAGGUUUCACGCCUUCCUCAAGAGGUGUCAGACCAAGCCUGAGUGUGGCCGGCAGACUCUGGCAGAGCUGAUGAUUCGCCCUAUUCAGAGGCUGGGAAGCAUGAUCCUGCUACUCAAAGAAAUUCAGAAGCGUACACCCAAAAAUAACAAGGACUCUGAAGCACUGGAAAAAGCUGUGGCUGCGCUCAACCAAAUUAUGCUCGACAUCAAUGAAGGAAAACGCAAGACGGAGAGCCAAGUGGCCAUGUUUGACAUAUUCAAUGACAUUGAGAAGUGCCCGCCCAACAUCCUGUCUGGCCACCGGUACUUUGUGACUAGCCUGGAUGUGGUGGAGAUAGGUGAAGGGGGCCUAAGCCGCAAGGGCGAUGCAGUCUCCCUGUUCCUCUUCUCGGAUAUCUUGGAGGUGUGUCGGCGUCGAAGUCGGGCUGGGCUGACAUCACGCAGCCCGGCCUCUUCCACACUGGGCCGUUCAGGUUUUCCCAAGACCUACAAGCACAUAGUCAUGGUCCACCUGUACGAUGUCAAGCGAGUGGUUGAGCUCACAUCGGCUGAGGACAGUGAUGUGAAAGAUGCAUUUGGCCUGGUGCUGCGGCUGCCUACGGAACCACGCGAGAACCUGUACACAUUUGUGGCAGAGCAAUCAGCGCCCUGGAGGGAUUUCCUGUGCACCCUGUGCCAGCACAUGGGAAAGGUCUACAAUGUUCCAGACCAUUCUGCCUUCAUGAAGAAGAUGUCUGUACAGGAGCUUGGCUUGGACCCCAGUUCCCUCCAGACAACCCUGGCAAAAGCACUCAAGUAUGCCGCCAAGAAAGGAGAGAAGCUUUCCCGUGCACUGUCCAUCACACGGCGAGCGGCGACACCACGGCACCGGUUAAGUCGUGCAGUCUCAACAUUCAUCAGCCCACUCAAAUCUGUAACCAACCAGUCCUCACCACUGCACGGUAUGCGGCUAGCCUCCAGUUCAAACCUCAACGAUCUUGCCGACGACUCGCCAUGCAGCAGUCCUCAACGCAGUGCCCCACAAGUGCGAGUGAAGAGCGAGUCCUAUGGUCCGUCUACAUCAAAGCGUGCUUAAAACUUGCAGAACUUAUACGUUAAAGUUUUUAAUCAGUC